AUGUCCAAUAUCAAGACUGUGAGCAUCCCCAACAUUGGCUGGGAGACGGCUGCGGAUAUUCACUUCCCACCCAAAUUUGAAGAGUCCAAGAAAUACGCCCUCGUCCUCUCCGCCCACCCCAUUGGCUCGUGCAAGGAGCAGACCUCUGGCAAUGUCUACGGCAAGGCCAUGGCCGAGGCUGGAUUUGUCGUCAUCGCCUUCGAUGCUUCUUUCCAGGGUGCCUCUGGUGGCCAGCCCCGCUUCAUCGAGAACCCCGAGUUCCGCGUCGCCGACUUUCGCGCCGUCGUCGACUACGCCCAGACGCUGCCGUACGUCGACGCGGAGCGCAUCGGCGUGCUGGGCAUCUGCGGCGGCGGCGGUUACGCGCUCAACGCCGGCAUGACCGACUACCGCUUCAAGUGCUCCGUCGGCAUCACACCCGUCAACUUUGGGCGCCUGUCGCGGGAGUCCUUUGCCCAGUUCAAUCCUGUCGGCACUCUCGAAGCCAUUGCAAAGCAGCGCACAGCCGAGGCCCAGGGCGCGGAGCGCAACAUUCUGCAGUACCUGCCUGCUUCGGUCGCUGAGGCGAAGAAGGCGACCUCCGAUCCGGAUCUCGUCGAGGCUACAGACUACUACAAGACGGAGCGCGGAAGCGCGCCGAAUGGCUGCGCCAGCGGUUUGCUGUCGUACAACAGCUCGGCGCUGGCGUGGGAUGCUUUUAACCACGCCGAGGUGCUCAUGACCAAGCCCUUUAUGGUAGUAGUGGGCGAUAUCCCAGGUGGCUUCGGUGCGUACCGGGAUGCACUCGAGGUUCAUGGACGCGCCACAGCCAAGGAGAAGGAGUUGGUGGUGCUUCCGGGCGUGUCGCAUUACAGCCUGUACGAUAAGCCGGACUCAGUGAAGCCUGCGCUGGAAAAGGUGCUUCCUUUUCUGAGGAAGCACCUAGGAGAGGCUGCUUAA